GUGGAAACCUUUUUACCGUCGAUCAUUUCCCUCCUAUAUCUAGCGCUCAUACAAUCUAGGGUUCUCAAGACUUCAGCAGGGGAAGAGCGGCAGAACCUAUCCGAGUGCAGUCGCAGCAUUUCUACAAUCAUGGCUACCCAAAUGAGCAAAAAGCGAAAGUUUGUAGCUGACGGAGUGUUCUUCGCUGAGCUGAACGAAGUGUUGACCAGAGAGCUUGCUGAAGAUGGCUACUCCGGCGUUGAAGUUAGGGUUACGCCUAUGCGGACGGAGAUCAUCAUCAGGGCUACUCGUACUCAGAACGUUCUUGGGGUUAUGUAUUUGGGUCCUAAGUUGGAGCAGAGUUAUCCAGUUCCCCUGGCUGAUUAUGGUUUUGAUUAAUGGGAUAGGUGAGAAGGGACGAAGAAUUAGAGAACUAACAUCUGUUGUUCAGAAACGUUUUAAAUUUCCGGAGAACAGUGUUGAGCUCUAUGCCGAGAAAGUCAACAACAGAGGGCUUUGUGCAAUUGCUCAGGCAGAGUCCCUGCGUUACAAGCUUCUUGGGGGGCUUGCUGUCCGCAGGGCUUGCUAUGGUGUCCUUAGAUUUGUCAUGGAGAGUGGAGCAAAGGGAUGCGAGGUUAUUGUUAGUGGUAAGCUCAGGGCCCAGCGUGCAAAAUCCAUGAAAUUUAAGGAUGGAUACAUGAUAUCUUCCGGUCAGCCUGUCAAAGAAUAUAUUGACUCAGCAGUGAGGCAUGUGCUUCUUAGACAGGGUGUUCUUGGUAUCAAAGUCAAGAUAAUGCUUGAUUGGGACCCCAAAGGUAAGCAAGGCCCCACAACGCCUCUACCCGAUUUGGUCACAAUCCACCCACCCAAAGAUGAAGAAGAGUAUGAAUUUGAAAGGCCCUCUUCAUUUGUGGCGACGGAAAUACCAGUAGAAGUAGUUGAUGCAUAGAUUAUUAUACUCUUACCUCCUUUUACUAUCUUUAGCUUGCUGUGUCUGUCUAGGACUAAGGUGAAGACGUCUGUCUAUAGACGUUUUCUCCUUGUAAUUAAUACUAUUUGAGUUGAGAAUGUGGGGUUUUUGUUGAGAAGUGUUGUCUAAUUCUACAGACAUUUUAAAUCACUACUUGUGGUUGAUGGAUUAUCCAUUUAUGAGCAAAAUCUUCGGGUAUCUCCCAUGAGAUUGUAAAGGCUUUAGGGCUAUUGUUUGUAUUGUAACUCAAAUUCAUGCAAUAUUUCAUUGCUGAUGGUCCAUCCAAUUCGUCA